AUGUUUUCGCACGAGGAAAAUCUCGAAGAAAAAGAGAAAAUCGGUGAUCCAAGUGCUUUCGGAACCGUCUACAAGCUCAACAAAUAUCAUCCUUCAAUUGUCGUCAAAGAAAUCCCAAUCACUGGAAAUUGUGGAAUAAUCAAAAACGAGAAAUUCAUCUAUUCAAUCGCGACAAUCGCCAAAUGGGCCGUUGACCUCUUCUCUGGAUUGGUCUAUCUCAAAAGCAAGCGAAGGGUCCAUCGAGAUAUCAAACCGGCCAAUGUUUUUGUUUCCAAAGAUUUUGUGCUAAAAAUUGGCGAUUUCGGGAUAGCGGAAACUUUUGGAGUGGAAGCUCUUGGGGGCAUUGCCGGUACGCCGGCCUAUAUGGCGCCAGAGGCUCGAAAUCCUGAUGUCUGCGAGUUGAAUUCUGAGGAUAGCUACAAAAUCGAUGUCUACGCGGCCGGCUUGGUGCUCUGGGAGGUGUUUGAACGAGAAUUUAUGACCAAUUUGCUACGCGAAAAAGAAGAAAUCUCUUUUUCUUUUAAAUUUGCGGAAGACGAUAUCGGGAAAUUGGUGUUCCUAAUUUCUAGCUGUGGCCGCAAAUUCUACCGAGAAAGAAUCGAUGUCAAUGCAGCAUUACAGUUAGCAUAUGAUGCUCAAAGCGAAUGCUCGGCGCACGAGGUGUUGCCCCGUUUCAAGAACGACCAAAAGCGACUGAUCGAGCCGAUUGGAAUCGAUGGUUCAUCGAGAAUGAUUUCCGUUGAUCCGAAUGGGAAACUCAUGAAAAUGAGGCUUUCUGAAAACGAAGAUUUCUCUUUAUUUUUACCCCCAGACGUGACAACUUUUUCGCAAACCCUUGCGGAAAAGUCGUCUGUGAGAACUGAACCAGAAAUUCCCAUUGGAGUUCCCAAAGAAACUCAAAUCCUAUUGGACGAGAUGCUAGCAAAAGUUGAAAUCCAAACAAACUUUCAUAUGUCAACGAUGAAAGACUAUUUCAACUGGAGAAUCCAUAUCGGAAAAUAUGAGAAGAAUCAGAAUAGUAUUGAAGAAGAAUUCUUCGAGCUAUGUUGCCCGGACUUGGAAUUAACUUCUGGAAACUCCCCUUUCAAUGACAUCAACCAACUUCGAAAGACCCUAUGUGAAACUUUUAUGCAAAAGUUCAAUGUGAUGAAUGAGGAGGAAAAGACUCAACUAGCUGAGGACUACCUGGAGGCUUUCGCCCACAGCAACACGUUCAAGCCCUUCGACUCCCUGCAGUCGAUGCCCUGUGAGGGUCCGGCCACGGCAAUCAUCUAUUCGCCGACAUUGUACGAUUUUCAGAAAGAUCCCGCUUUUCUCCUUUUCACCUUUGACCUAUUUUUGCAAAGUUUUUCCUUCCAGCAGGCUUUCUUCGUCUUAAUGGAAUGCCACGAGACAAGAGUCGCCAAUUGGGAUCUCUUGAACUUGAUCGAGAUCUCGAUAAGGAAUAUAGAGGAACUAGAGAAGAUUUUCACUCAGAGGCUCUACUUUCGGACUUGUUAUCUAAUGGAAUCGAGGGAGUUGUGGUGUGAGUCGGUGGAUGUCCUCGUUCAGCGGGAGCCCCUCUACUUCAAGCAGAAUUUGACUCAAUUUUGUCGGGGAGACGAGAAUCGAGAGGAGAUGAAAAGAGACGAGAUGGUGCCCAUUGAUAUAGAGGCUUUGCGAAGGGCCCUAUAUCAAGAGAAAACGAUUUUGGAAAGGUAUUUGGCCGCCAAAUUGGAAGAUAAAGCUUGGGAUGUUGACACGUUGCUUUGUGUGGCGCUGAAGAGUGAGCACAGGGUCUACAAGGAUCGCCGUUUAAAGCUUCCCCUAACCUCUAGCCUCCCAUUUCCUGACUAUUUCUUUGCUUUCCAUCUUUGGCCGGGCUUCCUCGAGAGAACGAAUGGGAAAAAAUUUCAUAGGGCUGGCGGCUUCCCAUUAGAUUUAGAUUCAAAACUCCAAGUUCCUUUCGCUAAACACCAUACGAAAGAGCAAAGGCAUUUUGUAGAGAUGUACACACGAUAUGUGAAAAUCUUUUUCCUUCUAAGCCGUUGGAAAGAGAUCGAACACUCGCCUGAGAUUCUCCAUCUAUUGGGGGAGGCCAUUGAUGACCAUGGAGAGUUCAAGUUCGUCUGUUUGUAUGUCUCGAUGCAGGGACACGAGGGACUCUAUCUCGAGAACUUGGUAACGAAGAGCAUCAUCCUUAGCCGAGAUUUCGAGAGAGUGAAAUCAACUGGACUGAACUCCCUGACGUUUUUGAAAGUGCUCGGCUUUGUGGAGAUCGAGUACCAGGAUUUGGUCAUAGUGGGGAAGCAAAUGGUGGACGGGACUCGAUUGUCUUUCCAAGCCUCAGCUCAGGGAGGGACUCGAUUGCUUUUCCCUGAGAUUCAGGGUCGCAAAAAACAAUUGAAGCACAUCCAACAAGAAUGUAUUGCCGAUUUCUGGAAGCGGCAAACACUCGUUCUUUAUAAUGAGGAAACUAAUUACAGAAAUUUGACCGUGGAAGAGUGUGAGACGGUGACUCUUGAGAAAGCGAUCCCGAAGCGUUUUAAGAAGCGGAGACUU